AUGGUUACUGACUUGGUUUCCGCCGAUGUGUUGUCCAAAACAUAUAUUGCCAACGGUCACCGAACCCGAAAGCAGGCGUUGCAAGCAAUCUUCAUCCUGAUCGGAUGGAUCACAAUGGCUUACGAAACCAUGUUCCCAGCGGUGGACAGCGCUAUGUUUCAAGUCCGCUGCCUCCCGAACAAGUCACCAUCGUCCCAGGCACUGUCACAGGCUGAUCGAUUCUUUGUGGAAUUGCUCCAAGGCUUUGGUAGUAGACUUCCAGGCAAGUUUGAAUGCACCCAAAUGGCGGGUUCGUCCUCCAUCGAUUUACAGGUAUCAAACCUCAAUGCCGUGACAAUCAAGGAGAUAGGGGAUAUAGAAUUCUCCUGGACCAUGUCAAUAAGUUUUCAUCUAGACUUUGACUCCGAUUCGCAAACACUGAGCUUAUUCUGUCUCCCAUCUUUCAUCGCACUCCAGGGCUCAGAAGGGCAAGGAAGCACCGGCUUCACUGGGAGUACAUUCACCAGGCUGUUGGAUGGCUAUUACGAAGAAUACAACAUGCCACCCAACUUUUCUCCCGUCCGCACUCCUAGCAGAAGUAAAUCUAUCGUAUCGCUUGAUAUUUGCCGAUGA